AUGGUUGCCGAAACUAGCAGUUCCCCCACUGCGAAACUCCAGAGAGUCGAUUCCCAGCCUGAGAACCCAUAUGCGGCCCUGAUUGAGGAACAGUCCAUUGCGGUCAUUCCCUCCUUCACCCUCGAAUCCGGUGUGACUCUAUACAAUGUGCCGGUCGCCUAUACUACCCGUGGUGUUCUAUCACCCAAGGGCGACAAUGUCUUGGUGAUCUGCCAUGCCCUGAGUGGGAGUGCCGAUGUCGCCGAUUGGUGGGGCCCCCUCCUCGGUGGACCGGGUCAGGCCUUUGAUGUCUCCCGCUUCUUCGUUGUCUGCUUGAACAGUCUCGGUAGCCCGUACGGUAGUGCGAGCGCGGUCACCUACAAGGAUGGUAAGCCUGAGAAUGGCUACUAUGGACCGGAAUUCCCGCUCACUACCGUGCGGGAUGACGUGAACAUCCACAAGCUCGUCCUGGACGACCUAGGUGUCAAGCAGAUUGCUGCUGUCGUCGGUGGCUCCAUGGGCGGUAUGCUCACUCUGGAAUACUCAUUCUUUGGCAAGGACUAUGUCCGUGCCAUUGUUCCCAUUGCGACAUCUGCUCGCCACUCCGCCUGGUGCAUCAGCUGGGGCGAGGCCCAGAGACAGAGCAUCUACAGUGAUCCCAAAUACGAUGACGGAUACUAUCCUUUCAAUGAUCCGCCAGCGACCGGCCUUGGAGCGGCCCGUAUGUCGGCGUUGCUCACCUACCGCAGCCGCAACUCGUUCGAGUCACGGUUCGGACGCAACGUGCCGGACCCUUCCAAGCGUCAGAACAUCAAUGGCACUGAAAAGCUACCCACUCCUCCCAAUGAGCACUGGGCUAUUCACAACGAUGGACACCGCGGCGGUACGACCUCGCGGUCAGAGAGCCGUCAACACUCCCCUGUCCCUCAGUCCGAAGUUCAAUACAUGGAUCCCCAGUUCUCUGGCACCAAGAUUCUCUCUGCGCCGACUCCAACCAAGCCCGACGGCCGCCCGCGUCCACCAACUUAUUUCUCUGCCCAGUCCUAUCUCCGCUACCAGGGUGACAAGUUUGUCAAGCGCUUUGAUGCCAACUGCUACAUUGCCAUGACCCGCAAGCUGGAUACCCACGACGUUUCUCGGCACCGUGCCAGCCCGGAUUCAGAGAACCCUGUCUUGGAGGCUCUUUCCAAGGUUCAGCAGCCAGCUCUUGUACUGGGUAUCGAGUCCGAUGGCCUGUUCACCUUUGCCGAGCAGCAGGAGGUCGCCGAUGGCAUCCCUGAUUCCCGGUUGGAGCGUAUCGAUAGCCCUGAGGGUCACGAUGCCUUCCUGUUGCAGUUUGAGCAGGUCAACCGCCACAUUGUUGCCUUCUUCCAUGAAGUCCUGCCCGAUAUCAUGUCUCAGUCCAACGUUGACGGUGCCGCGGCCGUGGCCAGUGUCAACAAGCUGACGAAGAGCAGCACCUUCGGUGAAGCCGAGGUGGAGGAUAUCACCGCGUGGUAA